AUGCCGGUGUUGAUAAAUUUGUUUUUUUUUUGUUUCAAAAAAUAUUGAAAAAGUUUGUUUCAAAAAAUAUUGGAAAAAAACAGCAGCGCUUUUAUUUAACCACGUGAACUUUAAGAACCCAUUCUUCCAGAUAUAAUUCAUCAGUUUAUUUCAUACGAGAUCCAUUUGUGCCACCAGCUCGAGUCAAAACCAAAAAACCAGUUCACGAUGAUUUUCUUGUAUUAGGAGCUCCUUGUUCAUUGUGUAAUCGGGCUGUUUGUUUCGAUAAAGGCUGUUCUGUGUUUUUCGGCUCGAAUUUUUGUGCACUGUGUGUUGCGAGAGAACGAAGAAGAUUUCCGGAUCAAGUUUUAGAAGUAAACUCUUGUUAUAAAAUUUUCAAACUAAAAAACCGUUUUUUCCAGAUGUUGAGCAAAGGAGUUGCAUCCAAUCUAAAGUCAGAAAAAUCAUGA